AUGGCUGAAACACACACACCGUAUUCUUUCCUGAAGAAACUGUUAUCAUUCUUCAAUGGCUUUGUGGCUGUAUCUGGUAUGGUCCUCAUUGGCCUGGGCCUCUGGGUCAAGUACGGAGAGGCCACACUAACAAGGGUCCUUGGGUGUCUGUCCUCUGCCCAUUUCCUUCACUUUGGUUACGUGAGCCUAGGAAUGGGUGGCCUCACCAUAGUGCUCAGCCUUGCCGGGUGGUAUGGAGCGACUAAGGAAAACAGGCACACUCGUGGCUGUAAAUGGGGCUCCCAGCCAGUUGCUCCCUCAAGAACCCCGUGUUUCUUGUUCCUGGUCCUCAUCCUGAUCGCGGAAGUCACGGCAGCCUCCGUGGUCCUUGCCUUCUUCUCAAUAGUUCAAGACGUGGCCCUGGAGCACACUCUUCUCAUCUUGAGGAGGGAUUACAGAGGCUACAAAGAGCCAGACGACUUCUCUGCGCAAUGGAAUGAAAUCAUGGAGAAGGUGAUGCCUGCUUUUCAUGCAAUAUUGGGCUGCUUUGACAAACUCCUGCAAAUAACCAAGGCCCAGACCUUCACACUGAGUAGAGUCUCCCUGGGGGCAGCAGCGAUGCAGUUGCCAGGAAUUCUUACCACCUUGUUGCUGUUCAUCAAGUUGGGCUGACACGGGCUGGAAGAGGACAGGCUAUGGAGUCCCCCGGCUACUGAGAUCAGGCCCUCUUUUAUUUCUCAGGGGCACUCACUGCUCUUGGAGGGCAAAUUGAUAAUAAAAUAUCAAAGAACCCCUGUCAGCCCUCAUGUCCUUCUCUGUAGUCUUUGAGCGCUGGCAGACAAUGAUUUGUUUGAAAUAACUAAAUGUGAUGGUGUGUGAGUCUAGAUCUUGUUAUAAUCAAAUGCCUGAGACUGGGUAUUUACAAAGAGAAGAUUGGGCUGUUACAGGGUAGGCAUGGACUUAAAUAAGAGAUAGCCCCAUCUUGCUGGCUGUAUCUCCUGGUGCUUCAGAAUACCCUUCUGUAGUUAAACAUCCUUUAAGCUGUAGGUAGGUCACCAGAGAAGCCUCCCACACAUGUGCACUGACAUAGGUUUGCAUGCUCAAAAGGCCUGACAUCAUUAUAAUAUCACUUGAAUUGUGUAGUUUGGUGUUUGGGAUUGUUGGGUUGUUUGUUCUUUGUUCCUGGAUGAGCUGGAACUCCUAGAGAUCUGCCUGCCUCUGCCUCCCUGUCCUGGGAUUAAAGGCCUGCUAGAAGGCCUGAACUGGUUUUGACAUCUCUUCCUCUUUUGUGGGGAUCAUGGGAGGAAAUAUGCUCAAAGGGAGAUCUGUUCCAACAUGAUUUGGGAGGGAAAGGGGUCACCUUACCCCACAAGUAUACCAACUACCUCAUAAAUAUUCAUAAAAAUUUAAAAAUUACAUUUAUUUAUUGGUGGUUGGAGGGGAGGGAGCCAUGGCACACACGUGUGGAGUUCAGCAGACAACUUGUGGAAGUGGUUCUCUCCUUCCACUAUGUGGGUUCCUGGGAUCAAACUCAGGUCAUCAGGCUUGGCAGCAAGUGCCUUUAAUCACUGAGCCAUCUUCCUGGCCUCUGGGAAGAUAGAUUUUAUACUAGGAUGUGAGAGAGCCAUGCCUUCAGAGUCUUACACUUUAAAGUGGAACUUAAAAUUUUUUUGUUUGCAUUUAUUUUAUAGUGGGAGUGAACACAUACAUAUGGGCAAGUCAGAAAACAAGUUGCAGGGGUCAGUUCUCCAUUUCAAUGUGUGGGUCUCAGAUAAAACAGCUUGUCAGGCUUGGUGGUAAGCUCCCUUAUUUGCUGAGCCAUCUUGCUGACUCAACAAAGUGGGAAUUUCUAGACCCAAGGUAGUAGCCAGAGGGCCUGGCUAGAGGUAGCUCCAGGCCUGAUGAGGGUGGUUUCCAUCACAAAUAACCACAGGCUUUGUGGUGAAUUUAAACAAAACAGUAAUGCUGAGAGUGGUGGCACAUGCCUUUAGUCCCAGCAGUUGGAAGGCAGAGGCAAGCAGAUCUCCAUAAGAUGGAAGCCAGCAAGUUCCAGGCCAGCUGGGACUACAGGGAAACCCUGUCUCAAAAAAACUAACCCUGCCCUGAAAAAUCUAUGUAUAACAGCUGUAGUAGUUUGAAUGAGAAUGUCCUCCAUAGGCCCCAAGUAUUUGAGCAUUUCUGUCCCCAUUUGGUGCUGCUGUUUUGGGAUGUCUUAGAAGAUGUGGCCAUGAAGGAGGAAACAGGUCACCGGGGGCUUACUUAAGCCUUGCCAGAUCUCCAGUCACACUCUGCUUCCUGUGCCUGCUUGAAGAUGUGAGAGCUUCACUUCUGCUCCUGCUCCAGCUACCUCUGCUGCCAUGCUUCGGUACCAUGUGGAGUCUUGUCCCUUUGGAAUGGUAAGCUAAAUAAACUCUUCCUUUUGUAAGUUCCCUAGGUCAUGGUGUUUCUGUCACAGCAACAGAAAAGUAAUGCAACCACUUUAUUUAUCAUGUUAAAAAAAGUGCAAAAUUUUCUGAAUUGGAUACCAAGGAAUUGCUUACACAGAGGAGGUGCAUUGAGGAUUCACAAGAUGGGCUGGAGAUGGAAGAGUUCAUUCAGGAAAGUUUCAGAAUUGAAGAAGGUAGACCAGUAGCAGACUUAGCACUUAGAAACAGAGAGCAGGGGGCUGUAGCUUAGUGGGUAGAGCACUUGCCUAGCAUAUAGGAAGCUCUGGGCUUCAUCCCUAGCACUGCAUAGAACACCUGUACUCCCAGAGCUUGGGAAAUGGAAGCAAGAGGACCAAGAGUUCAAGGUAGGCACAU